AUAAUGUUAUUCUUAUGGUCACUUCUCAUCCAGCCAUAUAGCCACCCAGGAUGUCGCUGCCGAGGACACUAGGCGAGCUGCAGCUGUACCGGGUCUUGCAGCGGGCCAACCUGCUGAUGUACUAUGACACCUUCAUCCAGCAGGGUGGUGACGACGUGCAGCAGCUCUGUGAGGCAGGUGAAGAGGAGUUCCUGGAGAUCAUGGCCCUGGUAGGCAUGGCCACCAAGCCCCUGCAUGUUCGUCGCCUCCAAAAGGCCCUGCGUGACUGGGCGGCCAACCCUACGAUCUUUAACCAGCCCUUGGCCACAAACGUCGCUGCUGGAGGAAUCCCACUCUUUAAGAUAGACAGCAGCAGCGCUGGAGGAACUGCUGUCGUUGGGUCAAGAAAGUUGAGCAAUGGUCAACCAGGGUCGCCUUGUGAUAGAGAAGAUCAAGGGUCCUGCCUUACGCCAUUACGAGACAAUGGAAGCCCUAGAAGCCCCUGCUCUCAGGCAUCACCUUUACCACCCGAUCAUCUAUAUAGGGACAAGUUGAGCCCGAUGGAGCCGCACUGGCUCAGCCCAGACCCAGAUGGAAGCGUGGGAGCCGAUGAGGAGCAGCCCAGUCCUCCAUUGCCUCUUACGGUUCACAACAGGCCCAUCGGCCUCUCGACACCACCCACUUCGUCCUCAUCCUCCUCCUCGUCCACUGCAGCAGCCUCCCCAUGGCCUGGCGGUCAGCUGGACCCAGAGACGGCACGGGCCGUGGGUGAGAGCGUGGAUCGCCUGCUCAGGACCAUGCCCCAGGCUGACCCGGGUGAGGUAAAGACUUUACUGAGGCUCAACAAGAAGAUGGCCAAGACAGUGGGACACAUCUUCAACUUGGAGCCUCAAGACAAGAGCAAAGAGGAGGAGAUCCGCAAGUACAGCCUCAUCUACGGACGCUUCGACUCCAAGAGACGAGAGGGCAAGCAGCUGACUCAUCACGAGAUGAUCAUCAAUGAAGCAGCUGCCCAGUUCUGUAUCCGGGACAAUGCUCUGCUGUUAAGACGGGUGGAGCUGUUCUCGCUGGCUCGACAGGUCGCACGAGAAUGUGCCUACACCUCAACGCUCAAACACACCAGGGCCAACGCUGAGGACUGUACUGUGUCCUGUACUGACAGCACAGUUCCAAAGAGAAUCAAGCUUGAGAUCACAGAUGCAGACAUCAUUAACCCUAUCCGUGGGCCCAAAGUCUCUGACUCGGUAACCCACAGCAACCUCAGGACUUCAGCAGACGAUGACAGCCUAUCAGGAGAGAGUCUGGACAGUUUAACCCAAGAUGUAGGCCCACAGUUGCACCCCUCCUCAUCCCCCCGCCCCCUCACGGACACCAUUGGCCCUGUCAACUGGAGUCGCCAGCUCAUGCAACAAACGCUCAUGGACGAGGGCCUACGAUUGGCUAGAAUGGUGUCACGUGACCACGUGGGCAAGGUCAGCCUAGGUUCAGAGAAGAGACAGACUUCAGAGAUGGAGAGCAGAGUGUCGGAGAGACGAGGGCUGACCCACAGGAGUGCCAGUCCUGGAAGCACCAAAGACGAGUGUUAAUCCACCAGCUAUACAGUCUGCCUUGCUGCUCAACUCAGGUCACAUGACUGGAACCCUCCCGAGGUUCUUCACAUCCGCUUUCCCACAGCGGGUUCCAACCCAGUCCUACUGCAACCACCAGAACUGCACGUCGCUAUGCGCAUCUGCAUCAUCAUCAUCAUCAUCAUCAUCAUCAUCAUCAUCAUCAUCCUCAUUUUACUUUAGUCUGCGUUCAGUGUUCUGGUGUUGUGAUUCAGCAGAUGGCUCCUAUGCAGUGUGUAAAUCUUACCAAGCGCACUAGAACGUUCCUGUAAAUACACAGCACCCUACGGCAAGCCCUUUAGCCCAAAAUACCACCAGUAAUACCAAUCGUAACUGAAAUUUACUAGUAAAAAGGGAAAAUGUCCAUUGGGAUCACUGUUUUUAAUAACAGAAAUUCCACAUUACAGUUAUAUAUUUUUACUGAUAGAAAUUCUGAUUACAGAAACAUGUAAUAUAUUUUAUAUAAUAUUAUUUUUUACAAAAUUGUAAUUCCCAUGAAAAGGCCUUUUAGCUUUAAUAAAAAAAAAUUAAUACAGCUCUGGAAAAAAUAAUAGACCACCACAGUUUCUAAAUCAGUUUCUUUGAUUUUGUUUGAGUAAAAUGAACAUUGUUGUUUUAUUCUAUAAACAACAGACAUUUCUCCCAAAUUCCAAAUAAAAAUAUUGUAAUUCAGAGCAUUUAUUUGCAGAAAAUCAAAAAUGGCUAAUAUAACAAAAAAGAUGCAGAACUUUCAGAUCUCAAAUAUUGCAAAGAAAACAAGUUCAUAUUCAUAAAGUUUUAAGAGUUCAGAAAUCAACAUUUAGUGGAAUAGCCCUGUUUUUAAUCACAGUUUUCAUGCAUCUUGGCAUGUUCUCCUCCACCAGUCUUACACACUGCUUUUGGAUAACUUUGUGCCACUCCUGGUGCAAAAAUUCAAGCAGGUUAACUUGUUUUGAUGGCUUGUGAUCAUCCAUCUUUCUCAUAUUAUAUUCCAGAGGUUUUUUAAUUUGGUAAAAUCAAGUAACUCAUAAUUCUUAAGUUGUCUCUUAUUUUUUAUUCCAGAGCUGUAUAAAUUAUAAUAUAAUUUUAUAUUAAAUGCCUGCCAUAAAUAUUUUAGCUUUUAAAAAAAAACUUUUUUGACUUUUUAUCACUGGUGGCAUUUUUGGCUAUUGCACCCCCCCUUUCCAUUACACCAGUAACACCACCAGUAACAACCAGUGCGUGCUUCACCCUCCUAACUGGGACGUAUCUUCAGUAGAAUGAGACAGUAUAGCAGUAAACGACGUACAUGGUGCUAAUUUUGAGUCAGUUGUAGAAUUAAAGGCGUAGAUUUAGAGUGUACCGUGGUAAAAGUUGGCCUGCUUUUGCCUGAAUUUAAAGUACUGUCUGACCCUCAGUUUAAUCGUGAAUUAUUUUAACACUAAUAUACUAACCUAUAAUGCACAUGCAUCAACUGUAGUCAACUGUUUGGGACGUUAUUUGGUGUUUUAUUUCCAAUUUAAUGGGAAAAAAUAACAUUUUACAUGGAAAUCAUUAAUGUUUAACAGGUUUUAAUGACAGUAGAUUGUAUGCCCCUCCCACACACCAUCUCAUCUUAUAGUAGAUCAUUGUCGGCAUACUGGCAUCAGAUAAUUUAUUUUUUAAUAUUCUCAAUAAAUGGUAUUUUAUUGUU